AUGGAUAUUGAAGACGAAAUUCGCGGGCGCAUCAAAAAAACCGAAGACAGCAAGACAUUCCUACCAAAUGACGCUAUCGAUGAACUUACCGCUCAAGACCAUGUUCGAAAUUAUCUCCAAGCCAACUACGAAUAUCUCUCCAAUGAAGCCAACAUCGACUCCCUCGUGAGAUAUGUCACCGACAAACGCAAUCCGGCGAAACGGGUGUUUCUGAUCUUGGUAUACUGUGGCCAUGUGCAGCACUUGUUCUCAUUGCAGCAAGACGGUUUCCAUGAUGCUGACUUGCCAAUUGAGACGACGUGGAAGAAACCCAUCAAACGCUACAGUGUUUACACCAAGAUGUCGCCACAGUCCCAGGAAAGCGGUCAAAAGCUGUGGGAUUGUUUCUCUACGUGGAAAGACAAGAGAGACGUGGAAGCUUUCGAUGAGAAACAAUGGUGUUUCAUGGCGCCUGUUUUCGAAGCCAACGUAUUCGACUACCACCUUUCGCCCAACUGCCCUAUUCCUAUCAUGGAUAAAACCACUUCGACCCAGAAGGUGGGGUACUCUGGUGUUGUGAUUAGGGUGACAAUACACCAAGCGCACAUACAGGCUGAAUACAGAGGCCAGCAAAUUGCCUCCAAGCAAAUGCACCCCGACAUGAAACUCUACUACGAGCAGGAGUCAAAAGCCCUUCGCAUCAUCCACGACUUAAAACAUCCUCACUUGAUUCAGCCUUUGGCCGCAUACACGCGAGGCGGUCAAUGUGGAUUUUUCUUUCCAUGGGCCAACGGCGGAACAUUGGAGGAUUACUGGAAAAGCAGCCCACGGCCCGAAGGAGACUCAGAGAUUCAAUGGGUUUUGAACCAACUCUGUGGCCUUUGCGGGGCUACAGAAGCCCUUCACCAGAAGAAUUGUCGCCAUACGGACCUCAAGCCAGCAAACAUCCUCCGAUUCAUUGAGGGCGAACUGCCUGGGCGCCUGCGAAUUGCUGAUGUCGGUCUUGCUAAAAUACACCAGAAUGAAACAACGAAGCGAGAGGAGCUAAACAUCAUCACGAGUGCAAAAACCAGCACUAAGCGGUAUGAAGCCCCUGAACUACAGCAGAAGCUCGAGCAGAUCUCUCGUGUCUUUGACGUUUGGUCUCUUGGUUGCGUCUUUCUCGAGUUCUUGGUCUGGACGUGUUAUGGAUCACGCAAGCUAAUUGAGUUUCUCAACUCCAACGCGCCAUUCUGGGAGGUUAGCGCGGGCAAGUAUCAGAGAAGUACCAGAGUGAAUCGACAAAUUGAAGACAUACGAGCCCAGCUUGCUCUUUACGGCGGUGCGACCGCUCUGAAGCGCUGUCUGGAUUUCGUUGCUAAGAGGAUGCUUGUGCCGGCCUACAAGGAUCGAGCGGAUGCCUCUGAAGCUUGCCAUGACGAGUUCCAGACUACACUUCUCAAAGAAUGGGUGCGAGUUUGCGACAAACAUCACGAUCAUCCCUUCGAACCCGAACCCAAGCUUCCUACCCGCGUACUGGAUGUUGGUACCAAAGGCCAACCCAAUCUCCGCCUUCGUUGCAGUGAAGGAUCCACCUCCGGUAAAUAUAUUGCGUUGAGCCAUUGCUGGGGCAAUACACAAUGCUUCAAAACCCUCAAAAGCAACAUUACCAAUCUCGAAACAUGCAUCGAAUUUGAGGAGCUACCAAAGACCUUCAAGGAUGCAAUCGAAGUAACAAGGGUGCUUGGGUUCCGUUACCUUUGGAUAGACUCACUUUGCAUAGUCCAGGAUGAUCCACUCGACUGGAAGCUGGAAGCUGUCUCCAUGGAGCAUGUAUUCAGCUCCGCAAGCAUCACGAUUGCUGCCAGUUCAGCUAAAUCGUCAUCGGAAGGCUUUCUCAAUUCCCGAGGAAAGCAACUACCGUUUCUUACAAUCCAGACGCCAUCAGGUAGAACCGUCUUUAUCCGCAAAUCGAUAGAUAACUUCCGCCGCGAUGUUGAGGGAUCUGUUCUUAAUCAAAGGGGCUGGGUUCUCCAAGAAAGAGCGCUCGCACGACGCACUAUUCACUUCACUUCAACUCAGGUCUACUGGGAGUGUGGGCGCGGAAUCCACUGCGAGACUAUGAUGAAGCUAGUCAACCCUAAGGCUGCUUUUCUUGGAGAUUCCGACUUCCCAAACUCUGCUCUUGCUUAUUUCAAGGGGGCACGGAUACGUCUCUUCCAAAAUCUCUACCAGAUAUACUCAACGCUCGGUUUCAGUCACAUGUCCGAUCGACCCAUGGCAAUUCGUGGUCUCGAGGAAAGACUUCUUAAGACUUUUAAUACCAAAGGCGGAUUUGGAGUCUUUGAACGAUAUUUGCACAGAAGUCUACUUUGGCAACGACAAGAAGGGUCAACUUUGAUUCCGAUCACUGGUGUUAUGAAUACCCAUAUACCAUCCUGGUCCUGGAUGUCUCACAGUGGCCCGAUUUCCUUUUUGAACGCGCCGUUUGAUCGUGUCGACUGGAACGAGAACAUUCAUUCGCCUUUCAAUAGUAAAAGCGGACGGAAACAGCAUUGGAAGGCUGGUCAAGAUGACGUCAUUGCUCAUGUGCUACGAUGCCGUCUGAGAAAUCUCAGAGAAAAUGUGCAAGACCUAGAACAGAAGAUCACCUUCGACAGGAAACUUCGGACAUCAAAAGAAGCUCUGACAUGCAUUGUUCUGGGAACAGAGAAACCCACAGGCUCAAAGGAGGAUAUCCAACACUACGUGCUUGUCCUCAAGCCGGUUGCACCUGGUGUCAGCGGACAGUACAUGAGAGCUGGAAUUGGAAGAUUGCUCUCGAACGACAUGUCAAACGAGGAAGGGGUUGAAGUCGAUGUGUUCUAA